GACAAGAAGGGAUUAAUUAAUAAGCAGUGAUCCCCUCCAGAGGAGGCUGAGGAUGUACUGUGCAGCUGGUUGCUGAUUUAGUUGUUUUGCUGCCUGUGGAUUUCCACUUGCAAUCUCUUGUUGGGGAGCAGGUUCCCUGUGAAGAGACUGUACAUCAGCGUGGGAAGAUUAUCUGCAUUAUUAAAUGGGGAAUCUCUGCAUUUGAUGACUUGUGGACCACUCUUGCCUUUCCUGUAGCCAUCCAACCUAUUUGUUGUUGCUUUUCCUUCUGCAGAGUUGCUGGUCUUUGCACUUUGGAAAUCUGCACCUAUCUGCAUUACUAACCCCUCUCCUGCACUGUGACCCCUCCUUCUUCUGGUUGGACCACUGUCACCUUUCUUGGCCUUGCUUACCCUUAGGACCAUUUUAUCUUCAUCACCUAUUACCUGGCCCAUUGCCAAUACCCCUGGAUCUAUUUCUUGUUUUAUUGAUUUAUUCUUUGGGAUUUCUUUAAUGUCUUCCAAUUUCCUGGAUUUUUGGUUCCAGUAUUCUUUGGCAUAUCUAUAAGAAGUGGCUUCUAUUCAGGAUCAUUUUCUUUUCUUUUUUUUUUUUUACAAAAGUCCAUUCUUUCUUGGAUCACUAAAACCAAUGCCAUAACAAUUUAAGUCUUCCUAUAUACAUCUAAAUUCUUCUUCAAUCUGGAUUAUCCUUGCAUUGCUGCCAGCUGAAUAAUACCCACAGAGGGUCUUAUUUUGGAUAUAUAAACACAAAUAUACGGUAUAUUUCUUUACUUGUCGCCUACAUCAUCCCAACGCCAGUUGCCCUAGGAAUGAGUAUAGAAAUCCCUGAGGGGCUGACUGAGCUGCUGCAGAGCUUUACAGUGGAGGUGCUGAGAAAACAGCCCGGGGACCUACUUGAGUUUGCCCUGCAGUACUUUACCCAGCUGAAGGAGUCACAGAGCCAAGGUGCCACCUUUAGCCAUGUCACGGACAUACCCUUUCGACUCAACAAGGGAGUUAAUUUCGCGGAUGAGCCCAUGCAAACUGACUCAGAAGACGACGAUGAUGAAGAGGAAUUUGUUGCUCCAGUAAUAAACAGAUUCUCAAGACGAGCAUCAGUGUGUGCAGAAGCAUAUAAUCCUGAUGAGGAAGAAGAUGAAACGGAAUCACGAAUUAUUAACCCAAAAACAGAUGAACAGCGAAACAGAUUGCAAGAAGCCUGCAAAUAUAUACUUUUCUUCAAGAACCUCGAUCAAGAGCAAAUGUCUCAGGUAUUAGAUGCCAUGUUCGAGAAACUGGUAGAAUGCGGAGAACACAUAAUUGAUCAAGGAGAUGACGGAGAUAAUUUUUAUGUGAUUGACAGGGGAACAUAUGACAUCUAUGUAAAAAUAGAUGGUGUUGAAAAGUGUGUUGGCGCUUAUGAUAAUCAUGGGAGCUUUGGAGAACUGGCACUGAUGUACAACACACCUAGAGCGGCUACAAUUAUUGCCACAUCUACUGGUGCUAUAUGGUGUUUAGACAGAGCAACUUUCCGGAGAAUCAUAGUUAAAAAUAAUGCCAAAAAGAGACGGAUGUAUGAAAACUUUAUAGAAUCUCUGCCAUUCCUUAAAUCUUUAGAACUUUCAGAACGAUUGAAAGUGGUUGAUGUCAUAGACACCAAAAUGUUCAACGACGGAGAACGAAUCAUCCAUCAGGGAGAUGAAGCAGAAAGUUUUUUCAUUGUAGAAUCUGGGGAAGUAAGAAUAACAAUGAAAACCAAGAGUCGCCGGAAACUGAACGUGAACGAGGCCAGUAUUGAAAUUGCACGCUGCUCAAGAGGACAGUACUUUGGAGAACUCGCAUUGGUGACGAACAAACCUAGAGCCGCUUCUGCUUAUGCUGUUGGAGACGUCAAAUGUUUAGUCAUGGACGUUCAAGCUUUUGAAAGGCUUUUGGGCCCCUGUAUGGAGAUAAUGAAGAGAAAUAUAGCAAACUAUGAGGAGCAGCUUGUUGCCUUGUUUGGAACAAAUAUGGACAUUACCGACUCCAGAGCAUAAGUUGAAUAUGCAAAGGAAGACUAUCUGCAGAGGAAAUAUAGCACACUAGUGGAUAUCCCACUGAGAAUGUGUCUAUCUUUUGUGUAGAUGCCAAGCAUAUUCUGUGAUUUUUAACAGCCCCUUUAGCACCAGAAAAAAUAACACCUGCAAUUUAAUUUUCACUUUACUUUUUCUUGCAGGUUACACCGAGGGGUAACUUUUUUAAGCUAUUUUUUUUCUUAUAUUAUGAUUUUAUAGGUAGUAAAUUUGAUUUGCAGUAUUUCCUAAGCAUUCAAUAGAAAGCCAGUAUUCUGCAAUAGAUGGUCCAGUGUCAUUUUCAUUCUGUUUUGGGGUUUUUUUGCACAGAUAAAUUAUCCGCUAUAUAUACAAAUAUCUAUAAUACUUUUAGAGUAAUUGUAGGAAAAUAACAUCCCCAUAAAAUAAAAAUCUCUGUUUAGUUCAAUAAUAUAGAUAUAGCAUGGUUGAUAUGUACAUUACCAUUGCUGUAACAAAAUCAAAAUAAUACUCAAAAAGACUUCACUAAGCAUGAUGCAACAUAAAUUUCUGUAAUUAUCCCAUAUGCCUAAUUUUAUAAUGUAUGGUAAUGCAAGAAAUGCUUUAUAUCAACCAGGUUAGACGUAGCCGUGUGCAGCUCUCUAAUAGAAAAGGUUUUCACUUUAUUGCUGAUGAAUGUGUUUAUUUUCCACCCAGGCAAACAUUAAAAAAGCAUGAUCCAUAAUCUAUGAUGAGCCAUCUUGCAGAGGCCGUGGUGAAUGACAUGCUUAAUCCAGAAACUUAAAGGGACAUAAAACCCAAACUUUUUAUUUCGUGAUUCAGAUAUAGUACUACAAUUUUAAACAUUCCAAUUUACUUCUAUUAUUUUCAUUUGCUUCAUUCUUCAGCUAUCCUUUGUUGAAGGAAUAGCAAAUCACAUGGGUGAGCCAAUCACACAAGACAUCUAUGUGCAACCACCAAUCAGCCAGCUAUUGAGCCCAUUUAGAUAUGCUUAUUUUCAACAAAUGAUAUCAAGAGAAUGAAGCAAAUUAGAUAAUAGAAGUAAAUUGAAAGGUUUUUUAAAUCGCAUGCUCUUUAUAAACCGUGAAAGGAAAAAUUUGGGUUUCGUGUCCCUUUAACAGGAAAUUCUAAAAUUCUAGUAGAUUACUUUUUUUUUCUUAUAAUAUGGGCACACUCCAAAAACCAUUACACAUGGACAACUGUCAACUCAAUACUGGGAUAAGCAAUGCAAUCAAGACAUUCUCACCACAGUUAGUUCCAGCACUUGCUUGACUUGACACGAAAAUGUGACAUUUCGGCAGUGACAAACUCCCCCCUUUCCUCAGACAAUUGAUUUUCACAGGGAUUAAGGUAAAACAUGCAGUUUUAAGAGACUUUCAAAUUUACUUAAAUUAUAAUUGUGCACUGCCUUUUUAAAUCCACACAUAAUGAGGCACCGGUUCCUACUGAGUGUGUGCAAAAGUUCAUUUUAUACAUAUAUGGAGUCUGUGACUGGCUGAUGGCUGUCACAUGAUACAGGGAGUCGCCAAAUUGGAAUUUUCUUUUAAUUUGUCAGAAAACAAUCUGCAUGUUUAAAAUUCAGAGUAAGUGCUAUUGAAUUGUCUUUUUAUUAUGCAGGUGUUGAUUAUGUGAUCCUACUGUCUUUGCUUGUCCUUUAAAAUUAAAUUGCUGCCACAUGAAGGGAGAUUUAAAUGAGGGAACAGAAAUACACAAUAAUAAAGGAAUAACUAUCUCCCAAAGCUAAUUAAACCCACAAAGCAUAUUUUGAUCAUACAAAUCUUAUAUACCAAUACAUUGUACUGUAAUGUUUCAUUAACAUAUACAUUUACCUAAUAUCUCUCAUCCAUAAUCAGAAAAAUAUUCUCAAACAAUGUAACAUAUAUAAUAUUUCCACCUCGGGCUGAUAUUAGGGAAAUAGAAUGAACACAGAGAGAAAAUGCUACAGUAUGUUAGCACACUAGUCUAUUUUGUGCACAUUUUUACUUUCCAUUCCUUAAAGGGACAUGAAACACAAAAUAUUUUUUUGUCACAUUACCAAAACUUUAUAUAGUAAGUUCCCUAACAUUUGUCAUUGGCUUGUACACUAAGUACAUGUUAACAUCACAUGCCUGUGCAUUAUAUGUGAAUAUCUUAUGUACAUACAGUAUAUCUCAGAAUGCAAUUUUCUGUUUUAAGCUUAUCUAGCAUUUACUUGCAGUGUGUUUUCCCGCAGUCUCACCCCCCCUGCAAUUUUCUGUUAUUUAUAACACCCUGUAACUUCUCUACCUGCUCUCCCCCAACUCCUAUCUCCAUAGCCCCCAUUCUUUCCAAGACAUCAAUGAACAAUUCUAUCACAUUUAUCAGUAUUGCUUCAUACCUGAGGAAGGGAGGAAGCUCUCGAAAACUUGUCUUUCACUAUGUAAUCUUAGUCCAAUAAAAAGGUAUCAUUGCA